GGCGCUCUCUGGAACCCGGCUCUCCAUCUCGUCCUGGACUGCGGCCCAGCGCCCCAGACAUGGAACUGUAUGCGUGAGCCCUGUUGGACGUCGCCGGCUGUUUGCAAGACUCAGACAGCUGCCAAGGAAAGUGAAUGAUGAAGCCACCAUUUCUUUUGGCCCUUGUGGUCUGUUCUGUAGUCAGCACAAACUUGAAGAUGGUGUCAAAGAGAAAUUCUGUGGAUGGCUGCAUUGACUGGUCAGUGGAUCUCAAGACGUACAUGGCUUUGGCAGGUGAACCAGUCCGAGUGAAAUGUGCCCUUUUCUACAGUUAUAUUCGCACCAACUAUAGCAUGGCUCAGAGCACUGGACUCAGGCUUAUGUGGUACAAAAACAAAGGUGAUUUGGAAGAGCCCAUCAUCUUUUCCGAAGUCAGGAUGAGCAAAGAGGAAGAUUCAAUAUGGUUUCACUCAGCUGAGGCACAAGACAGCGGAUUCUACACUUGUGUUUUAAGAAACUCGACAUAUUGCAUGAAGGUGUCAAUGUCCUUGACUGUUGCAGAGAAUGAAUCAGGCCUGUGCUACAAUAGCAGGAUCCGCUAUUUAGAAAAAUCCGAAGUCACUAAAAGAAAGGAGAUCUCCUGCCCAGACAUGGAUGACUUUAAAAAGUCCGAUCAGGAGCCCGAUGUUGUGUGGUACAAGGAAUGCAAGCCAAAAAUGUGGAGAAGCAUAAUAAUACAGAAAGGAAAUGCUCUUCUAAUCCAGGAAGUUCAAGAAGAAGAUGGAGGAAAUUACACUUGUGAACUUAAGUAUGAAGGAAAACUUGUAAGACGAACAACUGAAUUGAAAGUUACAGCUUUACUCACAGACAAGCCUCCCAAGCCAUUGUUUCCCAUGGAGAAUCAGCCAAGUGUUAUAGAUGUCCAGCUGGGUAAGCCUCUGAACAUCCCUUGCAAAGCAUUCUUUGGAUUCAGUGGAGAGUCUGGACCGAUGAUCUACUGGAUGAAAGGGGAGAAGUUUAUUGAAGAACUGGCAGGUCACAUCAGAGAAGGUGAAAUAAGGCUCCUUAAAGAGCAUCUUGGAGAAAAAGAAGUUGAGUUGGCACUCAUCUUUGAUUCAGUGGUGGAGGCUGACCUAGCAAAUUAUACCUGCCAUGUGGAAAACCGAAAUGGACGGAAACAUGCCAGUGUUCUGCUGCGUAAAAAGGACUUAAUCUACAAAAUUGAGCUUGCAGGAGGCCUGGGAGCAAUAUUCCUCCUCCUUGUACUGCUCGUGGUCAUCUACAAAUGCUACAACAUUGAACUGAUGCUCUUCUACCGACAGCAUUUUGGAGGUGAUGAAACUACUGAUGACAACAAGGAAUAUGAUGCCUAUCUUUCUUACACCAAAGUGGACCAAGAUACUUUAGACUGUGACAAUCCUGAAGAAGAGCAGUUUGCUCUUGAAAUACUGCCAGAUGUCCUGGAAAAACACUAUGGAUAUAAACUCUUCAUCCCAGAAAGGGACUUGAUUCCAAGUGGAACAUACAUUGAAGAUCUCACAAGAUAUGUUGAGCAAAGCAGAAGACUUAUUAUCGUGCUAACUCCAGACUAUGUUCUCAGACGAGGAUGGAGUAUUUUCGAAUUGGAAAGCAGACUCCAUAACAUGCUAGUCAGUGGAGAAAUCAAAGUGAUUUUGAUUGAGUGUACAGAAUUAAAAGGAAAGGUGAAUUGCCAGGAAGUGGAAUCACUAAAGCGCAGCAUCAAACUUUUAUCCCUGAUCAAGUGGAAGGGACCCAAAAGCAGCAAAUUAAAUUCUAAGUUUUGGAAGCACUUAAUAUAUGAAAUGCCCAUCAGGAAAAAUGAAAUGCUUUCUCAGUGCCAUGUUCUGGACUCUGCAGAACAAGGACUUUUUGGAGAACUUCAGCCUAUACCCUCUAUUGCCAUGACCAGUACCUCGGCCUCUCUGGUGUCAUCUCAAGCUGACCUCCCUGAUUUCCAGCAUUCAGAUUCGAUGCAAAGGAGGCACUGUUGCAGAGGUUAUAAACAUGAGAUGCCAGCCACCACCUUGCCAGUACCUUCCUUAGGCAACCACCACACUUAUUGUAAUCUGCCUCUGACGCUACUCAAUGGACAGCUACCCCUUAAUAAUGCCCUGAAAGAUACCCAGGAAUUUCAUAGGAACAGUUCCCUGCUACCUUUAUCAUCCAAAGAGCUUAGCUUCACCAGUGAUAUUUGGUAG